AUGUCGGCAGGGACCUCUUCACUUGCGGCCGCCGCGGCGUCCGGCUCGGAUAUUCACUCCAAUCUCAGCUCCAAUUUUGCCGCCAACUCCUCUUCGUCUCUUGGAUCUCUCACAGAUUACGGCAACUACCCGCUGGCGCGAUACGGCGAUCGCACCUACCUUCGCGAUCCUGAAAAUUUCUACCCGCUGCCAUGCGAUCUGCCCGAGAUCCACCGUCAAAGCUUGCGCACGACAAUGCUGCUGCGCGUGUUUGGCGGCCCAUUUUGCAAUCCUCACCUGGCCGACCGCCCGCCGAAGCGCAUACUCGAGAUCGCCUGUGGGUCGGGACUGUGGUCUGGCUUGUGUCACGAGUACCUUGCCAGUCAUGGCCAACCGAAUGUAUCCUUCGUGGGCAUCGACGUGGUCUCCAUGGCGCCUGAUUUGCGCAAGCAGGGCGUGAACUGGCAGUUCAAGCGACACGAUCUGCGGAGGUCUCGUCUGCCUUUCCCGGAUAAUUACUUUGACUUGGUCUUCAUCAAAGACGCGGGCAUGUGCCCCUGCAGUCCAGCACAGCAAGCCUCGGGCCUGGAAGAGCCGCUCCGCGUCCUCAAGUCAGGCGGCGUGUUGGAGGUGUGGGAUUCCGACUGGGUCUUCCGUUCUUUACUACCGAAUCCCGCCCCUGCGCGAAAGGCGCCCGUCCAUGCUCAGGAGACCGCAGACGCAACCGGCACAUAUACUUUCUCGCCGGCAACGCCGUUCACCCAGGCCCAGAACAAGUUUCUUGUGGACUAUAACUCCUGGGUGGAGAAGUCGUUCGAUCGGCGCAAGCUCACCGCAUUGCCAUGCGCCACGAUUGGACUGUCCUUCAAUUCCGAGGUGGACUUGCUGGAAAAUGUCGACAGUCGUCGGAUCGCCAUUCCUCUGGGAGAGUCGCGCUGGGAGCGCGAGGGCCAGGGCAAAGAUUCCAAGGGCCGCGUCCGAAAAGCAUUGACGCCCGAACAGAUAGCCAUCCGGCGAACCGCUCUUCUCACAGUGGUACAGAUGAUAGAAGGCAUGGAGCCUAUGCUCAUGGAGGCCAGUGGCAAAAGCCGCGACGAAUGGGACCGCUGGUGGGCCGCAAUGACGAGCGACUUUUUCCAGAAAGGGGGUUUGACCAGCGGCGAGUGUCUGGAAGUGAGUGCCUGGUGGGGACAAAAGAAAUAA